UCUCUACCCAUCAGCCUCAGUUCCCUGACAAUUUCCCGAGAGGGUGGGGCGACGCCUCGUCUCUCUUUGAUCACCUCACGUACAUCCCACCGAUUUUGUUUAGCUACUUAUCACCACGUCGAUGAAGUGUCAGUGAUUUAAGAAAAAAACAAAACAAAAGUGGAUUCAUUUGACCAAAACGGAGGAUCUUGAAGUUUCUUGCAGAGGACAACAAUUGUGAAUAAGUCUUGGAGGACAAGCUAGGAGCAGUAGAGUCCAGGGUUUGAGGGCGAGUGUUGAAGUCAGUACACAUCAACUAAUACUUUACCAAAAUGUGGUGGGCGGUGUAUGUGUGUGUGGCAGUACUUGUACAUCCCAGCCAUGGUGAAGUUUUCACAUCCAUGUCAGACAUGAGUCAUCUCCUUGCCACAGAAGGGGAGAUGAUUAGAGCUGUUGAGGGUUAUAUCACAGCUCAAGAAGAGAAGCUGGAGAAGCUUAAAAGAGAUGUGUUUGAAAUGGAGCGUAUACAUGAUGAGGCUUCUCGUUCACCUGAGAACUUCUUGGGUAACCCCAUUAAUGCCUACCUGUUGGUGAAGCAACUCACAGUGGACUGGGCAGACCUACAGACCAUUAUGUCAGAUGACAGUACAGGCAAAGCCAUGCUCAACAAUUUGACGAGUAUGGCUGAUUUCCUGAGGUGGCCAGAUGAAGAGGACUUGACUGGUGUGGCUACAGCCCUUAUGAGACUCCAGGACACCUACAACCUAGACACAGCCCAGCUGGCUCGAGGAAACAUCAAUGGCAAGAAACAGGCUUACAGAGAAUUAACAGCUGCUGACUGUUUUGAACUGGGCCGCCAAAGCUACAACACAGGGGACCACUAUCAUACAAUGUUGUGGAUGAACGAAGCAUUGAAACGACAGGAGAUGGAAAGUAACAAGACAGUGGACCAUGCAGAUAUCUUAGAGUACCUAGCUUUCUCAACAUACAUGCAGGGAAAUGUUAGACAGGCACUGAAGCUAACAAAUGAGCUUUUAGCAGAAAGACCAAACCACCAGAGAGCACAAGGAAAUAAAAUAUAUUACGAGGAAGCUCUUCAAGCUCAGCAAGUGAAGAAACUAGGUGACGAUGGGGAUAGCCUGGGUGUUGAUGCUAUUGAAAAGGGUUAUACCGUGUCAGAGAGCGUGGAUGUCCCAGAUGCAUGGCAGAAAGAGCGUCGAGCAUAUGAACAACUGUGUCGUGGUGAAGGCAAGAUCUCCCCUCAACUUGCCAAGAGGCUUUCCUGCUUUUAUCAGUAUGGCCCCAGUGACUUACUUCGCAUUAGUCCUGUGAAGACGGAAGUUGUCCACAUAGACCCGACCAUAUUUAUUUACUACGAUGUCCUCAGUGAUAGAGAAAUUGCGAUUAUUAAGGAAUUAGCAACACCCAUGUUUAAAAGAGCAACUGUCCAGAAUUAUAAGACGGGUGAACUUGAAACUGCAUCUUAUCGCAUCAGCAAAUCUUCUUGGUUGAAGGGCGAAGAUCAUGAAGUUGUAGCUGGAGUUAAUAAACGCAUUGGGUCAAUAACAGGGUUAAACAUGGAUACUGCUGAGGAGCUGCAGGUAGCUAAUUAUGGCAUUGGAGGACAUUAUGAGCCACAUUUUGACUUUGCACGGCGAGAAGAGAAAGAUGCCUUUAAAUCUUUAGGCACUGGUAACAGAAUUGCAACUUACCUGUUCUAUAUGAGUGAUGUGGAGGCCGGUGGUGCUACAGUAUUCCCCUAUCUCAACCUGUCACUCUGGCCCAAGAAGGGUGCUGCUGCAUUCUGGUACAAUCUUCACCCAAGUGGGGAGGGUGACACACUGACCCGGCAUGCAGCUUGUCCAGUGUUGGUCGGCACCAAGUGGGUAUCCAAUAAAUGGAUUCAUGAACGUGGACAAGAAUUCAGAAGGCCAUGUGCUCAAAACUACAAUGCAUUAUAAUAAUCUACUGUUAUAUGGUUUGUGUUCAUGUAUGCAUAUCUUGAUUUUAUUUUAGCACUGGUGCUUGAAAUAUUUAUCACGAAAAUUAUCAGCAUGUUCCUAAGAGUAUUAUUGGUGGUUUAAUCAUAACUCGUAGUUGGCCAUCUGAGUUGUGCAUUAUUGGAGUACCUUUCCUAUACACUACAUGUAUUUUGUUUGUUUAUACUUCUUCCAAGGGUCUCUGUCUGAGAAAAGUGUUGAUUAUGUAUAUAAUAAAGCAUUAGGUGACUGUACUCACUAUUUACUGAUAAUGAUUAAUAUCUGCCUAAAAGUUUUACAAGUACUGUACAGUAUUGUAAAAGUGAGUAAUUUAAAGCUUAAGGUGAAGCACUAUUAUUUAUACUACUUGAGCUUUUAAUUGGUGUUCUCCAGUCAUGAUUUCAUAAUUAUGUAAGUUACUUGUAAGUACCAUACAGUAUAGAUAUUUCUCUGUUUGUAUUGUAGAAUACAAGAACUUGAAGGAGGCGAAUCAAGGUUAUGAAAUGUGUAAACCUUUAACUGGCUUUUAAAGCAGAAUCUCAAUGCAUGUAAUACUGUACUACAGUACAUGUAUAUACUCAUGUAAAAAAAAUUAUUUCCUCUUAAUCUUCUUUAAUCUCUUCCUCUGCUUGUAAAAUAGAUCAGUAAAAAUUGCAUUUAGUUGUUACUGAUAUUUUCUUUCAGUUAAAGAUAUGUAAACUGAAUGACAGUAUUUUGAAUACCUGUACAAUAUAGCAUUAUCAAGUUGAAUUAUACAGUAUAUCAUUAACUUUGUGGGGAAAUUAUUUUAGUGUAAACUUCAUAAAUACAAGUCAAAAGUGCUCAAAUGUUGGUCUGUUUCAUACAUUGUCUCAGUGGAGCUGGCAUUUUAGUGAAACUACAACAAAGCCUUGUUAAUACAGGGUAUGUGAUUUGUUACUGUGCACUUCACAUAAAUGACAAACAAAUAUGGGACUUUUUUGUUUAAUUUGUUCAUGAUUUCCCACCCCCAUUUGAAUGCAUUUUUGCACCAAAAAUUUGGGUUUACACCCACUAGGCAAGCAUUCCAUUAUCUCAGCAUUGGUGGAUCUAUUGAUUGCAUUAUGUCAAAUGUAGAGAGGUCUUCUUUCAGAGCAUCUUUCUCUUGAGUAUUUCAAAAGGAAAUUCAUUCUUUGUGUACAGUACUGAAUAAUAAACAUUAGUCAUAACAUAAAUGCACUGGCCAAAAUUUUUUGGCAUCACAGAAGUGGACAUAAAACUAUGAGCUGAAUGAGACUUUUAUCUAGUGAAGUACUAAUUGACACAUAACUCAAUUGACUUUUCUUGACAGGACAAGCUAAAGCACUGAACAAAGCAAAAGAAAUAAUUAUAAAUGAAUGCCAUAUACCCUGACAAGAUGUGUUAUUAGAUUAAAGUGUUGUAGUAGUUCGUCACAGUAAUGGGAACAGUAGUUACCAAAACAGUUAUUUUUAUCAAUUGACUGGAUUUCUAAUACUGUUUUGUAGGCAACAGUUCAUAUUUAGUGAGAAAAUAAUCAGUUAAUUUUUUGUAGUUAUUAUUGAGAUCUCUAUCAAGAAUUCAGUGAUUUACUGGCAGUUUUAAGGAAGUUGAGCAACGGUCCUCCACCAGCCUAGGCAAUCGGCUGAAUCUCAAACUUAUCCACAGCCAGUAAUAAAUAUGUUGCACAAACUCAAAUAAAUCUUUAAACUUUUAAUCCAUAAAGCUUUUUUGUGUAGAAUGGAUGCUGUUUUUAGGGCUGUAGCCUGAUUUUUUAUGGGGUAGAAGUAUCCAAAAAAUAGUGAUCUGUUGCACCACAAAAAAUUGUUUCCAUUAUUGAAUUUUAACGGAUUCAUGAUUAUGCAAUUUUGCAGUUAUACAAUGCCUGUUAGGGUUGCAAAACCAGCGUUAAUAAUGACAAUUUAUGUAAAUAUUUCUAAAUUAUCGUUUAUACAGUAGUUGCAAAUUCAUAGGAGUACAUUUUGCAGUUCAUCAAUACAUGUAAUUUAUUAUACAGUACAGUACAACUUUCAAAUACCUGUAUAGCCAAGAUUUGUAUGGCUUAUUCACAGUUAAAUAAAAAUUGUGGCCAGGUCAUCAGCAUACAAGCAUCAGUGAUCAUGAUGAGGGUAUUGUAUUACAUAACUUUGUUAAAUGGCCAGUUGCAUUAUUUCCAAAAUCUUGGUGUUGUAUUUUGUUAUAGGUUAGGAUUUAAUGUUCUUUAAUGGAACAUGUAAAGUGAGGUAUGACACAUGGUUCUUCACUGGUAUGAAUCACAUAGCUAUUGGUAUCACAUGAAUUGUUUAGAUUAUGCACAUUGGUAGGCAAGUGUGUUACAUUUUUGCCUACUUUCUAUCACAUUCCCUCUUGUUUAUUCCACAUUUUAGAUUAUUUUGCAUUUGGAACCCCUUAUAUGAUACAAUGCAUUUAAGACCAUAAAGUAUUUGACGUUUCAUCCACUACUUUAAACAUGUUUCUCAGAGAUAGAAUAAUCCAGCCACAUCUCUAGAUAGUCUUCAUUAAUUGCAGUAGUGGAAUAAUUUCACUGAAAUGUAUGAGAACUGUGAUCAGUCAAGGUGCAAAUUAUCUAGGCAGUGGAAGGUUAAGUACUCACUAUUUGUUGUAUUGAUAUAUAUUUAAUUUUCUGUUGCAUGUCAGAAGUUUGAAGAGUCUCAUAUUUUACAAGUGAUAUCAUGUAUGGCUAGUAUUUAGUUUCAGCACAUGUCAGUCAUUAAGUAGGUCAUGAACUGACAUAGAUUAUGUUGAAAGUACAGAGGUGCCAUAUGUUGUAGAUUGAUAGUGAAUGUUUGUAAUGUUAGGUUGCUCUAGGUAAAAUGCAGAUCACUGAAGCUUUAA